CGGUUCCCUUUCCCCCAUCUACACUCCACACACACACACAUGGAGAAUUACGCCAAGGUCCGCGGGAGUGAGGAGGAAAGCCAGCUGCCCUUCCACGACCUGCCGCUCAACGUGGUGGAGAUGAGGGUGAAGGAAGGCAGCAAGAUCAGGAAUCUGAUGGGCUUCGCCAUCGGCAGGAUGGAGCUGCUCGCCACCCGCCAGAUAGUCUUCACCGGCUCGGGCCGAGCGGUCACCAAGACUAUCACCUGCGUGGAGAUCAUGAAACGGCGGAUCGGUGGGCUUCACCAGAUCACCAGACUGCGCUACAAAAGCCUGCGGGAGACGUGGAGGCGGCAGCAGUUACAAGAUGCUGAAGGUGCUGAUGCUGCUGCCCACAACUUCACUCUGCUGAAAAACGUCCCCUCAAUCUGCAUCCUCUUGUCCAAGGAGCCCCUGGACCCGAGUGACAGCGGCUACCAGGCCCCCGACUCCGGCCACGGGCUCUGGCCCGGACACCGAGAUGGACAGGGGGGCGAGGAGGGGUCCACCUCGGCUGCUAGAGGCACCAAGCGCCCACUCUGCUGCGGGCAGGGGCACGAAAUGGUGGCUAAAGUCACCAGGGAAGAACAUCCGAUGGACCCAGCUUGUAACUACACUGACCCACGGAACUGCCAGCAGUAACUCGCUGUAAGCAUCACAUCACUGUCACAUAAUAGAACUUUAUACAAGUUUGUGAACAUUAAACACACAA